AUGGUGGGUCGCUGGAACAUGGUGGGUCGCUGGAACAUGGUGGAUUCGCUGGAACAUGGUGGGUCGCUGGAACACGGGGAACAUGGUGGGUCGCUGGAACAUGGUGGGUCGCUGGAACACGGUGGAUCUCUGGAACAUGAGGACGAUGGCGACGAUGACGAGGACAACGACGAUGAUGAAGAGGACGAUGGCGACGAUGACGAGGACAACGACGGUGAUGAAGAGGACGAUGGCGACGAUGACGAGGACAACGACGGUGAUGAAGAGGACGAUGGCGACGAUGACGAGGACAACGACGGUGAUGAAGAGGACGAUGGCGACGAUGACGAGGAAGAUGGCGUUGAUGAAGAGGACGACGAUGACAACGAUGAUGAUGAAGACGAUGAAGGGGACGACGACGAUGAUGAAGAGGACGACGAGGACAAGCGCGACGAUGAAGAGGACGAGGACAACUGGAUGAUAGUCAUGAUUGAUUCAGAGUGA